AUGAAGAAAAACAGCAAGAGAAGCUUUGCAGCUUCCACAAGCUCUCGGGAAGUGGAAGUGAAGAAGAAAAAGAAGAAAAUUCAGGCGACUGACCCCGUGGAGGAAGAACCAGCAGAGGAGCAAGAACAAAUUUCUUCGCCAACAGACGCACCUGAACCUGCAGAUCCAACAGAUGUUUCUGGAGACGACACGGAGCAGCAAGACUGCCGGAAGACAGAGAAGGCUCCUGGGAAGGACUCUUUCUUUAGCGAUGUCGCAUUCGAGUCCCUCGACAUUUGCGAGCCGGUCAAAAAGGCUCUGGCGGAGAUGAAGAUGGAGCGCUUGACAGAGAUUCAGGCCAAGGCAAUUCCUCGGCUGCUGGAGGGAAGAGACGUAUUGGGAGCGGCGAAAACAGGAUCCGGAAAAACCCUCGCUUUCCUUGUUCCUGCCGUCGAACUCCUGUACCAAGUCAAAUUUCUUCCUCGAAAUGGGACGGGCGUGAUCGUCAUUUCGCCCACAAGAGAACUAUCCCUGCAGAUUUUCGAUGUUGCUGCGGAGCUGUCAAAGUUUCUCCCGCAGACGCUGGGUCUCGUCAUUGGGGGCGCAAAUAGGAAACACGAAGUGGAAAAGUUGCAGAAGGGAGUGAAUAUUCUGGUCGCGACACCUGGACGUCUGCUUGACCACCUUCAGAAUACGAAGGGCUUUCAAUAUUCAAAUUUGCUCUCUCUGGUCAUCGACGAGGCAGAUCGAAUCCUCCAGAUUGGUUUCGAAGAGGAAAUGAACGCCAUCCUCCAGAUGCUUCCUCAAACCCGUCAAACGUGCCUCUUCUCUGCAACUCAAAGCGCGAAGGUGGCCGACCUCGCGAGGCUUUCUCUCAAGAAACCCGUUUUCGUUGAGGUCAAGGACACUGUGGCGACAGUCCGAGGCAUCCAGCAGGGCUACGUUGUGUGUCCUGCGGAGGAACGCUUCCUCCUCCUUUUCACCUUUUUGAAGAAGAACCGAGAGAAAAAGAUCAUGGUUUUCUUCAGCAGCUGCAUGUCGGUCCGUUUCCACGACGAGCUCUUCAACUACAUCGAUCUGCCCACGACCUGCAUUCAUGGCAAGAAGAAACAGAAUGCCCGGAUGUCGACGUACUACGACUUUUGCAAUGCUGAGAAGGGCAUUCUUCUCUGCACCGACGUCGCCGCACGUGGUCUAGAUAUCCCCAAGGUGGACUGGAUUGUUCAGUAUGACCCGCCAGAUGAUCCCAAGGAGUACAUCCACCGUGUCGGGCGUACAGCACGAGGUGCUGGGGGUACCGGAAAAGCCUUACUUUUUCUUAUGGCUGAAGAAAUUGGCUUUCUGCGGUAUCUGAAACAAGCGGGAGUCCCCCUCAACGAGUAUACAUUCCCCUCAAACAAAAUUGCCAAUGUCCAGAGCCAGCUGGAGCGACUAAUUGAGAAAAACUACUACCUUCACAAAGCUUCCCAAGAUGCAUAUCGGUCGUAUCUCCAUGCGUAUGCAUCUCACACUCUCAAAGACAUUUUUAACGUCCACGCCUUGGACCUUCAACGCGUAGCACGGGCAUUUGGCUUCUCAGUUCCCCCCAGAGUGGAGCUCAACCUGAAGGCGAAGGGCCGGACUAAAGUUGACAAGAAGACACAGCGCUUUUCUGGAACGGGGCACAAGUUCUCCGCCUCAAAUCCCUACGGCAAAAGAGAAGCGGGGGACCGCCGGCAAUUUUCGCGGUAA